UAUAUACAUGUUAAUUGUAUAUGGUGAACUAUCGAUAAAAAGCGAACCUGUUUAAUUUUAAUAUGUGGCCGCUUGUAAUUGCUUGUAAUUGCUUGUAAUGUAUCAAAAAAUAGGUUACUUUUGAACCGCUAGAUUUCUAAAGUUAAGGCGUACAUUUUCGGAUUAUACUUGUCGAAAACUACCGUAAUAUACGAAAGAAAUCAGCCAUUUUAUGUCCUCUAAAGUAAAGUACAGCUUUGACAUGGAUAUUGAUAAUCAAAGUGAAGACGGAGAAAUAAAGAAAAGCCCUUUGAAGGAUAUGGACGAUUUCAGUUUUUCAGAGGAGGAUGGAGGAGAUACAGCAGACUCUUUGGAUAUAAAACCACCACAGGCUGUAGUCCGACAUCACAAAUCUAAUUCAUCACGAAGAAGAGACAAACACAGUGAUAGAAGAGAUCGUAGGGAAGAAAAGGAAAGAAAGUCUAGACAUCAUGAUCGUGGGGAGGAUAGACAUAGAGAUAAACAUAGACACCGUAGGCAUGGUGUGGAUAUUUUGGAAAGAUCAGAGCGUUCAGAAGGUUCCAAAAGAGAUAGGGAAAGGCUUGAAAGGCUAGAAAGAAUGGAAAGUCACAGAGAUAGGGAGUCUAGACACGAUAGGAAAGAGAGAAGUACAGGAGACCGUGUUUUGGAGGAUCUGAGAGAAAGAUUAUUGGAUAAGAGAAGGGAAAGACGAGAAGAUUCACGAGACAUUCGGGAUUACAAAGUGGACACUCGUCGCGAGAUUCGUUUGGACGAUACUCGGGAAUUACGCGAAUCGCGUGAUCGUAGAGAUAUACGGUUGGAAGAUAUGCGAGAACGUCGCGAGACUCGUACUAUCGAUGAUAUUAGAGAACGACGUGAAAUUCGAAUGGAGGAACAUAGGCAUAUGAGAGUAUUGGAAGAGCAGUACUCUGAAACGGAGUUAAUGGAACGGCCCGAAAGAAGUGAGAAACGUCAUAAAAGAUCACACAAACAUGAUCGACUUCGUGAAAGAGACAGAGAAAAAGCAGAGCGCGAAAAAGAACAUAGAGAAAAACAAUUGCGUGAAGCAAUGGAAAUUGUUACGGAAGAGCCAGAUGAUAUGGAAAUUAAUGAAAUACCGAUACAGCCGAAGGACCCGAAAGAAAUGACCGAACAGGAACUUAGGAAAGAAAGGUUACUGGAAGCGGAUAGAGAAAUGGCGAGGAGAAAAGAAGUCUCUAGAUUAGAGUUGGAAGCGCGACGAAUGAAAAGAGGAGAAAAACGACCUCUAAGCCCAGACAAUAAUCAGGAUCCAUCUAUCGUGGAACUAUCGGACGAGAGUCCGAGUCCUGCUCAUUCGGAUGAAGUUCGUUCUAAAUCUAUCGAAUCUAGACAUUCAUCCGAUGGAGAAAGAAGUAUGCGCGAGAGGUCCUCCGAUAGACAUUCUUCCGACUCAUCCGAAUCUAGCAGCGAUGAUGACGAUGAAUCUAAUGAUUCAAAUAAAGGUUCUAACGCCGAUUCUAAUGAUGGUUCCGAUUACAAUAAUCCAAGUCCUUUAUCUGUUGAUCGGUUGGCCAAGUCUGAUCAUUCUGACGGAGAAUCGCCUGGACACGUAGAUUCAAACGGCGCGUCUAAGAAUGUAGAAGAAGAAGUAAAAAAGGAAAAUGAAGAGCCUGAAUUACCUCCAUAUUUUCCAGCAAUUCAAGGUUGCAGGAGUGUAGAAGAAUUUCAGUGUUUAAAUCGUAUUGAGGAAGGUACAUACGGUGUAGUUUACAGAGCACGUGAUAAACGUACAGAUGAAAUCGUUGCUUUGAAACGUUUAAAAAUGGAGAAGGAAAAGGAAGGUUUUCCGAUUACCAGUCUCAGAGAAAUAAAUACUCUGCUGAAAGCUCAGCAUCCAAAUAUCGUUACUGUUCGAGAAAUAGUUGUUGGUAGCAAUAUGGAUAAGAUAUUUAUUGUAAUGGAUUAUGUUGAGCAUGAUUUAAAAUCGUUAAUGGAAACGAUGAAACAAAAGAAACAAGUUUUCAUACCAGGAGAAGUCAAAUGUCUUAUGCAACAAUUAUUACGAGCAGUAGCUCAUUUACACGAUAAUUGGAUACUUCAUCGAGACUUGAAAACAUCGAAUUUGUUACUAAGUCAUCGAGGUAUUUUGAAAGUUGGUGAUUUUGGUUUAGCACGAGAAUACGGUUCUCCUUUAAGACAAUAUACUCCGAUUGUAGUAACACUUUGGUACAGAGCUCCUGAAUUGCUACUAAGUGGAAAGGAAUAUAGCACUCCUAUCGAUAUGUGGUCAGUGGGAUGCAUUUUUGCAGAAUUAUUAAGAAUGGAGGCACUCUUUCCAGGGAAAUCCGAAAUUGAUCAAUUAAACAGGAUAUUCAAGGAAUUAGGUACGCCAAAUGAUCGGAUAUGGCCAGGAUAUAGCAAACUGCCGAUGGUGCAGAAAAUUCCAUUCGCUCAUUAUCCCGUAAACAAUUUGAGACAACGUUUUAGCUUAUCUUUAUCAGACUUAGGCAUCGAGUUAUUAAAUAAGUUUCUUACGUACGAUCCUCAACAGCGAAUCUCAGCAGAGGAUGCUUUAAAACAUGGCUACUUCACAGAAGCACCGUUACCAAUAGAUCCACAAAUGUUUCCUACAUGGCCAGCCAAGUCAGAGCUUGGUGUACGAACAGCGAAUGCUUCACCAAAACCACCAAGCGGUGGAAAAGAAUACAAACAAUUAGGAGACGGAGACGAUGCUGAUUUAAGCAACUCCGGCUUUCACAUGGGUCUUACCGAAGGCGGUAGACAACCACCAAUUGGUGGUGGAUUCCAUUUAAAAUUUUGAACAUGUGUGAAGAAUUGAGAUUAGAAUGAUUGUUUUUCUACAGAAUGAAGUUUGUACAUUAAUUUCGAAAUAUUCGUUUUGCAUUUGCAAAUCAUAUCAAAUGAAUAAAAAAUUAAAUAAUUUAA